AGCCACCAAACCAAAUUGGAAGAAUAAAUAUUGUGAUAAAUGCCCAUUGCCUCCUCUAGAGAUUCAAUUUGUGUCCAAUGAAUAUUAAUUCAUGGAAAAUUGAUCCCUUCCCAUAAAUUUUAUGGUUGCCUUAGAAUUGUAUGUGUGAAAUAACAUCCCUCCAACACAAUGAUGUGUUUGAUAUAUAAAAAUCCUUUGGAAUUUGCUAAAAGAACAUAAGAGAUAGACAGAUUGAUAUGCCGAUUUGAGAAACCUAAAACAGAGAAGAAGAGGGAAAUAAAUAAGAAGAGUAAUAAUUGGAAUAUGAACAUGAAUAAGAAUAAGAAAGAGUGAGAAAAGACAAUU